AUGUCACUUCGUUAUUUGAUAUGUUACGUUGGUCUUGUACGUCUUGAUCUUUCAUAUCUGUCUGUAUUCAUGAUAAGUUUAUUGUUUCCUGUAUUUGAAAUGGCCUGGUUUGCAAGAUUUAAUGGAAGAACUAAUCAAGAUCUUGUAGAAUAUCUUAGGACAUCAGGAAUAAUUAAAACUGAGAGAGUUUAUGAAGCAAUGUCUGCUGUAGAUAGGGGACAUUAUGUUCGUUCUGGAUAUGCAUAUUUUGAUGCUCCACAACAGAUUGGUUAUGGUGCAACUAUAAGUGCUCCUCAUAUGCAUGCAUAUGCAUUGGAAAUACUUGAAGAAAAGUUAUUUAAUGGUGCAAGAGCAUUAGAUGUGGGUUCUGGUUCUGGAUAUUUAACAGCAUGUAUGGCAUUGAUGACAGGGCCAAAUGGAUUAGUUAUAGGAAUUGAACAUAUUCCUGAACUAAACCUAUUUGCUAUAGAAAACAUUAAGAAGGAUAAUCCAGAACUUUUUGAAUAUGGUCGUAUUCAAUUUGUUGAUGGAGAUGGAAGAUUAGGAUUCCCACAACAAGCACCAUAUGAUGCUAUUCAUGUAGGAGCUGCUGCUAAAGAAUUGCCACAUGCGUUAAUUGAUCAAUUAGCUGUUGGAGGACGUAUGGUAUUACCAGUAGGUUCAGGAAUAUCAGAUCAAAUGUUAAUACAGGUUGACAAAAUACAUGAUGGGAGCAUUACACAAAAGCCUCUUACAGGUGUAGCUUUUGUUCCACUAACUAGUAGAGAUAAUCAAUAUUAUAUUUCAUGAAAUAGAUGUGUGCUCCAAUAAGUGAGUAAUUUUUUUCUGUGAAUUAAAUUUAAAAUAGUAAUUAAAAUUUAUAGUUUUAGUUAUAUUUAUUCUAAUAUAUGCACAAAAUGAUAAAUUAUAUUAAACAAAAUUUAAAUUAUAUUUAUUAUGUGCAUAAAUAAAAUUCAAAUUGUAUAUGAUAUAAUCUUAGUAACACAAAAUACUAUAAAAUGUAUGUAAUAUAUAUUCUGUGUCAAUAUAUCUGACAUGGAUAUCAAUAAGAUUUUCUCUUUAAUGAAA